AUGCCAAACCACUGGCACUUUAAGGAGGAGGUCUCAAUCCUUUCUGCAAAACGUGAGAUUUACAAUCUCCGAAGAACGCUCGGAUUACCGAAUCACCGUGGCUUGGAGGACAUCUGGUACACGAUUUGGAAUAUCCGGCUUAGUCGUUUCGUCAGGAAGUGUCGAUCGUUAGUCGUUGGUCCCCAGAGAGUCGUCUCGCAUGAACAAGUUGAUCAGGACGGGAGAGUCAGGAAGGAAUCACGUAUUCCUGAUUUUGCACUUUUACGCGUCUUCCGGAAGAGACUUAGGUUAAAUGGCAUGGAUUUCGAGCGAAUGAAGAUUGUAGCCUUGAUGGAACUCAAACCGUGUCCCAUGAAUUCGGAGCUGAACAGUAUUUACGGUGCAAUCAAGGAGGCAAAAGCCGAUCUCAAUGAUCAGGCAGAGGUACUCUUCUCGGGAAAUCCAGAGUACAAAGCGAUUGUCGGAGUCGCGAUUGCUGGAGACUGGUGGAGCUAUGAAAAGGCAGCAGAAGACUAUGUAUCUCCUUUGCGUCUCCGCCCGAUUUACCAGCUAUUGACACCUCAAAGCGAUGCGGCCAUGAAAGCUAUGACAGAGGAGAUCAAGCAGCUUCCAGGAUUUGAAAAGUAUGCAAACACACAAUUCUAG